UGCAGAUCGGGGAACCCGGCGGCGGCGGCUCCGCGGGGGAAGCAGCGAGGCUGGCGCAGCGCCGAGGUCGCGGCCCUGGGGGCCCGCAAUCUGGACCCAAGAAUCCGCGAGUGAGUCGGGCUGAGCGCAGCCACUGCCCAACACAGACGGUGAAGAAGCUCCUGGAAGAACAGAGGCGCCGUCAGCAGCAGCCUGAGGCUGGUGGGGUACCGGGACACUUCUCCCCUCCUCUGGCCCAGCCACUGACCCCAUCUGUGAACGAGGCAGAAGCAGGCCAUCCCCACUUCCCCGCUUUCCAAGAGACCGUGGAUUCUGGACCUGGCAACCUGGCUCCGCCUUCAGGCUUUCCAGACUGGGACCCCAGCACCCAUGCUGCCUAUACGGACAGUUCUUGUCCAUACUCGGCUGCUGAAGGCUUCCUGACGCCUGAUUUCUACCCUCCCUCAGACCCAGGGCGCUCGGGUCCAUUCCCCCUGGGGAUGGAGGACUCUCUGGAUACCCGGCUGUAUACAGAAGCUUCCCUGUCACAGGUAGGAUCCUGGAGAGUCUCUACCCUCCCCUCAGGAUCCCCACAGUUGCCUCCAUCCACUGGACCCUCCCUGGAGACAGCCCGAGCUCAUAUAUUAGCUUUGGGACCCCAACAGCUACUGGCCCAGGACGAGGAAGGAGACACGCUCUUACACCUGUGUGCUGCCCGGGGUCUGCGCUGGGCGGCGUACGCCGCAGCAGAGGUGUUACAGAUGUACCGACAGUUGGAUAUCCGUGAGCAUAAAGGCAAGACUCCCCUGCUGGUGGCAGCAGCUGCCAACCAGCCACUGAUCGUGGAGGACCUACUGAGCCUGGGCGCCGAGGCAAAUGCUACUGACCAUCAAGGCCGUUCUGUCCUGCAUGUGGCCGCCACCUACGGGCUCCCGGGAGUCCUUUCGGCUGUGUUUAAAUCAGGCGUUCAGAUGGACCUGGAAGCCAGAGAUUUCGAAGGUCUUACGCCUCUCCACACAGCCAUCCUGGCUCUCAAUGCUGCUAUGUCCCCACCUAGCGUCUGUCCCAGGAUGCUGAGUCCCCAAGCCCGAGACAGACUGGCGUGUGUGCAGAUGUUGCUGCAAAUGGGCGCCAGUCACACCAGCCAGGAGAUCAAGAGCAACAAGACCAUUCUGCACUUGGCUGUCCAGGCUGCCAACCCGACCCUGGUUCAGCUGCUGCUGGGGCUGCCGAGGGGGGACCUGCGGGCCUUUGUCAAUAUGAAGGCCCACGGGAACACAGCCCUCCACAUGGCAGCUGCCCUGCCCCCCGGGCCGCCCCAGGAGGCCAUUGUCAGGCAUCUGCUGGCAGCCGGAGCGGACCCAACGCUGCGCAACCUGGAGAACGAGCAGCCUGUCCACUUGCUGCGACCCGGGCCGGGCCCUGAGGGGCUCCGGCAGCUGUUGAAGAGGAGCCGUGCGGCACCCCCAGGGUUGUCCUCUUAGGACCGAAAUCCAGAACCUGGACUGAUUUUUCCAGUCCCCACCGUCCCGUGGGACAGUCAGCGUAUGCUCAUGUCGCAGAUUCAUGAAAACGUAUGUGGAAUAUCCUGCCAUUAGGGUCUUACAUUAAAACCCCAAAGUGGCACUGGGGGGGUGAGCGGUCCCCAAUGUUUGGGGUCCUGUGACACCUCCCCCCCUACAAGGGGCUAUCUAAAUGAUUUCUGUGAAAUCGAGCCCACCUGAUUGUUUCUGUGAAACACCCUAGAGACCUCUAACUCUGUCCUACUUGGACCAGCCACGAUCACCUCCCCGCACCCUGCCAUACACCCCCAGACACCCCAGCGGAGCCUCCGUGGGGUUUGAGGCAUCCCAGGGCUCUUCCCCAGGACCCACACCCCUGAGAUGUCAGAAAGGCCCUGUGAGAUCAGCGUGCCCGAGUCCUGGCUGCUUCAUUUGCCAUUUAGAAUUCAGUGUCUCAGACCCUAGCGUUCCCAGUGAGUUGUUAUCCAUCUGUGUAUCACCGUAGCUCCCAAUUAAACUCGGUUGGCCUCAA